GAAGGAAGAAACAGAAGCUUGCCAAAGAGAGAGCAGGGCUUUCCGAGUUGCCUGACCUGAAAGAUGCUGAGGCAGUUCAGAAGUUUUUCCUUGAGGAGAUUCAGCUUGGCGAGGAACUACUAGCUCAAGGUGAAUACGAGAAAGGUGUUGAUCACUUGACCAAUGCCAUUGCUGUGUGUGGACAGCCGCAGCAGCUACUACAAGUUCUACAGCAGACUCUUCCACCACCAGUGUUUCAAAUGCUUCUAACUAAGCUCCCUACAAUAAGCCAGAGAAUUGUAAGUGCACAGUGCUUGGCUGAAGAUGAUGUUGAAUGAGGUCACACCACAGCAGGGGGGGAAAGUGUUUUCUUACCCCAGAAGAUGAGCAUCAGUAGGGGGAUAAAGGGGCAAACAUAGUAGUUAAUGGACUGUGUACCACAUCGGGUUCUACCAGAGUUAAUAUUAACUUUGUGUAGGUGGGUUUCACAGGAUUUUAUUUAUUAUCCCAGUGAAAAGUGUAUUUUGAUAAGAAUUCAUUUUAUAAAUACACUGUGGUGAGUUAUCAAAGUAUCACUAACUUCAUGGUUAUUAAAAUAUGCAGUUGUAAUGUUGUACAUAUAAAGAACGUAAAACUACGACCUGUUAAAAACCCAAUGCUCAUUUUUGAAAAAACAAAGUUAUGGCAAUAAAGAUUUAUCUGCACUUGUGUGUCCCUAUAGUAGUACUUUAAAUUUCAGAACGUUUGGGUGUCAGAGAAAACGAUCUAAAUGACUUAACAUUAAAACUUAUUUUUAAUGUUA